AUGAACGUCCACGAACUGAACAGCACUGGACUAAUAUUUUCAGAAAAACACCCCCCGGCUUCUUUCCAAUUCCAAGAACCAGAAGCGAUGAAAUUUGCGCGAAUUAUCUUGGAAAUUUGUAUUGGGAUAUUUGGAAUUUGUGGCAACCUUCUCGUAUGCGUUUCCAUAGUAACAAGCAAGCGUCUUCAUACAGUUGGGAACAUAUUUAUAUUUAGUCUCUCCGUUGCGGACUUGGGCGUGCUUUUGAUCUGUCUACCGCUGGUCAUAUUGAACGCGGAUUUUCAUUACUCGUGGCCAUUCGGAGAUAUCGGUUGCAAGAUACUGCUCCCUCUGACGGAUGUGUUUUAUGGGGUCUCGAUUGGCUCCAUCGUCGGGAUCUCAUUUCAUCGUUACCGAAUGAUUGUCCAUUGUAUGAGUCGUCAGCUAACGGCCACUAAAGCAAAACUCAUGGUUGCUUUGAUAUGGGUGAGAUUUUCUUUACUCUACAUGACUCCUUUAUACCACUCCCCAAUCUCGUACCUAGAGCAUGCCCGUUCGCAGGUUAAUUACCUCUAACCUGCGAACGGGCAGACUUUGGCAGAGUAUCUUACAACUCUGUCACGGGCAAUAUCAGUUGACUGGGUAGAAUUUGUCCUCUACUCCGGUGGCUUGUGGAAAGAGUGUUUCCAGUUUGACUCUACCAAGCACCGCAGCUUUUCUCUGGGCAUUCCAGUUUCACAAUAUGAGAUAGGCCUUUACUCGACCUCUAGGGCGAGUAGUUUAGAACUGAUAGAGCUAUCCAGUAUAAAUAAAGUUAGUUUAGUCAAGGUUUCCUCCUGUAGUAACACCGGAUCAAUAAGAGAUGAUCCUUACUGGACCUCUAGGAAGAACAGUUUAGAACUGAUGAAGCUAUCCAGUAUAAAUAAAUUUAGUUUAGUAUGGAUAAACACAGACUAACUUUUCAAACCAUCUUUUUUUAGGUUCUUUCCUACAUUCUGUUCGUUCUUCCGCUUCAUUUUGUGGUGGAACUGAAACCCAUGAACGGGAAGAUAGGUUUCCUCCUGUAGUAACACUGGAUCAAUAAGAGAUGAUCCUUACUGGAUCUCUAGGAAGAACAGUUUAGAACUGAUAGAGCUUUCCAGUAUCAAUAAAGUUAGUUUAGUUUAGGUUUACUCCUGUAGUAACACUGGAUCAAUUCAAUAAGAGAUGUUCCUUACUGGACAUCUAGGGAGAACAGUUUAGAACUGAUGAAGCUAUCCAGUAUAAAUAAAUUUAGUUUAGUAUGGAUAAACACAGACUAACUUUUCAAACCAUCUUUUUUUAGGUUCUUUCCUACAUUCUGUUCGUUCUUCCGCUUCAUUUUGUGGUGGAACUGAAACCCAUGAACGGGAAGAAAACCUGCCAGGCAAUCUGGCCACGACCGAUACACCGUCAGCUUCAUGUCGUCUUCGUCACCACUCUAUUCUACAUCCUACCUUUGGCCAUAAUAUUGAGCACUUAUUUACGAAUUCGUCGAAAACUGAGCGCAGAUUCUUUCCUCAAUUCGCAAAUACGUCAAGAUCCGACAAGCACGGUCAAAAAACGGUUAGAACAAAACAAGAAAGCGUUGCGAAUUCUCACUCCUGUUGUCGUAGCGUUCACUCUUCUGAUGUUUCCUAUAAACGCAAUCCGACUCGCUGCAGCUUUUGGGAAAAACUUGCAUUUAAAUUUCGCCUAUCUUCGGCUAGUCUACAAUAUUACUGUGUUAUUAUUGCUUGCGAAUAGCUCAAUCAAUUGUAUCAUCUACGCAAUAGUCAACAAAGACUUUCGGAACGAGUUUAAGCGAGUGCUCUGUUGUGCGUGCUUAAAACGUAUCUACACUCCGACAAAGCCACGGCCAAGGUUUUAUUCGUUGUACUCAACUACCGACCCCAAAACCGUGCAGGAAAUGUUAUCUGAAGAUGUGGAUUCGGCGGUAUUUAAGGACGAAGAAAACGAAGGGAUGCAAAAGACUGGACGAAUGGCGAGGCUGUUGAAGAAACUAAGUCGUUUCGAAGUUAGGAAUUUAAUGGAGGACACCGAUUAUGCAGAUACUGUACAUUACUGCACAUAUGGAGAAAAUGUUACCAUAGUUGUAAGAUAA